AUGGACCAAGUAAAUGAUUCUGUGGUAACUGAAUUUGUAUUAUUGGGACUUGCAAAAUCCUUGGAAAUGAAGAUUUUUCUUUUCUUAUUCUUCUCUUUAUUUUACAUAGGAAUUAUUGUGGGAAACUUCUUCGUCGUGUUCACUGUGUAUUUUGAUCCCCAUCUACAUUCCCCCAUGUAUAUUCUGCUGGCUAACCUAUCACUCAUUGAUUUGGGCCUUUCAUCUACCACAGUUCCUAGGAUGAUCUCUGAUCUUUUCACUGAUUGCAAGGUUAUUUCCUUCCACAGCUGUAUGACACAAAUGUUCUUUAUCCAUGUUAUGGGAGGAGUUGAGAUGGUAUUGCUCAUAGCCAUGGCAUAUGAUAGGUAUACUGCAAUCUGCAAGCCUCUCCACUAUCAAACAAUUAUGAAUUUCAAAAUGUGCAUGCUUUUGGUAGUAGCUGCUUGGGUGAUAGGUAUGAUUCAUGCUUUAUCUCAGUUUAUUUUUGUCAUAAAUUUACCCUUUUGUGGCCCAAGUGAUGUGGGAAGUUUUUAUUGUGAUUUUCCUAGAGUUAUUAAACUCGCAUGCAUGGAUUCCUACAGACUAGAAUUUGUGGUCACUGCCAACAGUGGCUUCAUAUCUCUGGGCACUUUCUUUUUCUUAAGUGCAUCAUACAUCUUUAUUCUGGUCACUGUCCGACAACAUUCUUCAAGUGACUUAUCCAAAGCCUUCUUCACAUUGUCAGCUCACAUCUCUGUAGUGGUUAUGUUUUUUACUCCAUGCAUAUUUCUCUAUGUGUGGCCUUUCCCAACUAAGUCAUUGGAUACAUUUUUUGCCAUUGUUGACUUUGUUGUCACACCUAUCUUAAAUCCUGCCAUCUAUACCUUACGGAAUAAAGAUAUGAAGUCAGCAAUCAGAAGACUGUAUAUCUAUCGCGCUGAAAGUAUGUGA